ACCCGUGGGUGUGGGUGGGUGUGCGUGCGUGCGUGCGUGUGCAAGGCAGCGCUGCCGAACCUCCGAGCGCAUCCACCGGGAGGAGGAGGAGGAGGAGGAGGAGGAGGAGGAAGAAGAAGGGGGGGGGUGGCGGAGGGAGGGAGCAAUUGAAUUUCAAACACAAACAACCGCAUGGGGCACGGACCCACCGCCGCCGCGCCGCGCCGCUCCUAGCACCGCGGGCCGGGGCCACCGCCGCCCCCCGCCCCGGGCUCUCCGCCGGGCCCGCCGCGCUGGGGGGCAGGAGAAGCCGCUGGUUCCCCUCCUUCCCCCCCCCUCCCCUUUUUAUUAUUAUUUUUUAAUUUUUUUUUAAUUUUUUUUUUUGAGGGGCUAAUCCUUGCCUCGCCGGAUUUUGCCUCCUAAAACUUCAUCCUUAACCCCCUUUCCCCUUCCCCUGCCCGUCCCCCCCCCCCCCCUCCGUUCCCGGGAGGAGCCGCCUGCAAAGAUGUCCCGGUCCAACCGGCAGAAGGAAUACAAAUGCGGGGACCUGGUCUUUGCCAAGAUGAAGGGUUACCCGCACUGGCCUGCCCGGAUCGACGAGAUGCCGGAAGCUGCAGUAAAAUCCUCCUCCAAUAAAUACCAAGUCUUCUUCUUCGGGACCCACGAAACGGCAUUCCUGGGGCCCAAAGACCUCUUCCCCUAUGAAGAAUGCAAGGAGAAGUUUGGGAAACCCAACAAACGGAAAGGGUUCAGCGAAGGUUUGUGGGAGAUCGAGAACAACCCCACCGUCAAAGCUUCCGGCUACCAGCCCACCCAGAAGAAGACCUGCCCCGAGGACGCCGAGCCGGAGCGGGAGCCGGAGGGUGACGGGGAGAAGAAGGGCAAUGCGGAGGGCAGCAGCGACGAGGAGGGGAAGCUGGUGAUCGACGAGCAGUCCAAGGAGAAGAACGAGAAAGGCGGAAUCAAGAGGAAAGCGGAAGAUGCUUUGGAGGACUCCCCCAAACGCACCAAGGAGGCGGAGGGGCAGGAAGGGGAGAAGAAGGUAGAUAACGAAGAGGUCCCCAAGGAGGAGCCCAAACCCAACCCGACCGAAGGGGAGAAGGAGAAGAACAGCGACGCUGCCGGCGUGCCGGACGCCAGCGAAGCCAAGCAGGAGGGCAAGGAGGAGGUCAGAGACCACAAGGAGAGCCCGUAGCGGCCUUCCCGGCGAGCUGAUCUUCCCGCCUGCCCCUUCCCCGCUGGGCUCCCCUGGGUGCUGCCCUGUCUCGCCCUCGUCGGCUCGUCGCGUCCGCAGCUCCGGACAAGAGAAACAAACCGAAAAUGAAAUUUAAAAAAAAAAAAAAAAAAAAAGAGAGAGAAAUGAAGAGAAACCCGGUAACACGAACCCCUGAACCGACCCGCAUCUCCCGGCCCCGCCGUCGCGGGGCGCAUGCUUUGUAUUAGUGAUUUCUAGGGGGCUGAUCAGUUGAUUUGAAAUAAAAGCGAUUCAUGCCUUUUUAAA